UAUAGUCUCUAAGAUUCCUUUACUAUGGCAUCACACACAAAUUAAGAGAGAGAGGCACUGUCUCAGCACAGAAACAGCAUUUUCAUCACAUUCGUUCCUAACCUUUUCCUAAUUUUCCCUCUGUUUGAGACGCAUGCUUUCUGUGGCCACCUUCUAUAUUAUUCUUUCUCCCCCAUCUCUCUCCACUUCCUAUUUUGCCUCUCUUCUUCUUCUUCUUCUCUUCCUUUCAAUUUCCCUUCACUUUUUGAUUGCAAACUUCUUCCACCCCCUUUUCAAAACCCGUGACAUUGAGCUCUUUACCCAUGAUAAAUGAUGCUGCAUGUUUGGAUUUUGCAAUCAUGGGUUGCUUCUCCAUGAUUUCAGGGUUGAUUCUGGCAUCUUUGCUGGUUUUGGGUGUGUAGCUGUUGUUUGGAUCCAUGUGGGCUGAGCUUGUUAUUUGGUGUUUCUGGGUGGUUAAAUUUAGUGUUUUUGUAGGUAGGGUUUGAAGUCUUUUAUGUUUCUUUUUUCUUUUUAUGUAAUUUCUCCAAUUGGGUGUUGUGUUCUGGUGGAUUUGGAAUCUGGGUGUUUGUGAUUUUGCUGAAUUUUAUUUUUCUGGGGGUGGUUUUGAAUUUUGAUUCAUGGAGUCUCAAUUAGAGGGGAAAAACCAGUAUUUGUAUGGACCUGUGGUGCCUGAGAUGAAGAGUGUUGGGAAGAGAAGUUUGGAGUGGGAUUUGAAUGAUUGGAAGUGGGAUGGGGAUCUUUUUACUGCUAGGCAACUGAAUUCAGUGCCAUCAGAUUGUAGGAGCCGCGAGUUAUUUCCUACUGAUCCUGAAAUUCUUGCAACCGGCGGUGCUUCUAACAGUUUGUCUUCUGCAUAUGAUGAUGCUAACCUCGGGGAAGGAAAGAGAGAAUUGGAGAAGAGGAGGAGGGGUGUUAAUGACGAUGGAGGGGUGGAGAUGAAUGAUGGAGCUGGUUCUCUUAAUUUGAACCUUGGGGGUCAAGUAUACCCUAUCAUGGAAGGGGAGGAGAAAAGUGGAAAGAAGACAAAGAUGACCGCGAGUACUUCGAGCCGGGCUGUUUGUCAGGUGGAAGAUUGUAGGGCUGAUCUUAGUAAUGCGAAGGAUUACCAUCGCCGCCACAAAGUUUGUGAUAUGCAUUCUAAGGCUACCCAGGCACUAGUUGGAAAUGUUAUGCAGAGAUUCUGUCAACAGUGUAGCAGGUUUCAUGUUCUUCAAGAAUUUGAUGAAGGGAAGAGAAGCUGUCGUAGGCGUCUGGCAGGCCACAAUAAAAGGAGGAGGAAAACACUUCCUGAUGCAACUGUAGUUAAUGGAGGCUCUCUGAAUGAAGAAAAGGGCAGUAGCUAUCUGUUAAUGAGUUUGCUAAGGAUACUGUCCAAUAUGCAUUCAAAUGGCUCGGAUAAUAUGAGGAACCAGGAUGUUCUAUCACAUCUUUUGAGGAACCUGGCAAGUCUGGCUGGUACAAUUAAUGGAAGAAAUAUAGUGUCUUUAUUAGAGGGAUCUCAAGGUUUGGUAAAAGCUGGGACAUCUGGAGCUGCGCAGAAUGUUCCUAACACAAAUUCUGAUGGCCCUGAACCAUCCAGACCUUUCGAUUCUUCUAUCAAAAUGGAUGAUGGUCUAAUCCAUCGGGACCCUCCAGAGUCUAUGGUACAACGUGAGACGACUCCUGCUAAUGAUAUGGCUAAAAAAUGUAUAGCUUCAGGCAGUGAUGGAGUAGGAAGUUUAAAAUCUCCUUCAGUACCGCAGUCCUCAAAUGUACUUCUGUCAAGGGAUGGCCUUCCACCCCAAUCAGUUGCAGCACAGACUACAGUUGGAAGAAUUGGGUUAAGUAAUAUUGACCUGAAUAAUGUAUAUGAUGAUGUACAGGAUUAUGUUGAGAACACGAGGAAUUCUUGUCCUCCUCUGCCUUCAGGGAAUGGGUCUCUUGAUCAUCCUUUAUGGAUCCAAUGUGACUCUCUCAAGUCAAGUCCACCACAGACAAGUAGAAACUCAGAUUCAACCUCUACCCAGUCACCAUCUAGUUCUAGUGGAGAAGCUCAGAGUCGUACAGAUCGAAUUGUUUUCAAACUAUUUGGCAAGGCUCCAAAUGAUUUCCCCCAUGCUCUCCGAUCACAGAUCCUUAACUGGUUAUCCCACAGUCCCACAGAGAUAGAGAGCUAUAUAAGGCCAGGCUGUAUCAUAUUAACUAUAUAUCUCCGUCUAGAAAAUUCCGCUUGGGAAGAGCUAUGCUACAAUCUAGAAUCCAGCUUGAGAAAGCUUGCUGCGCCAAAUGAUUCUUUCUGGAGAACAGGAUGGAUAUAUACAAGAGUGCAGCACUCUGUAGCUUUUCUGUAUAAUGGUCAGGUGGUCUUAGAUGCACCAUUGCGCCUCAAAAGUCCGCAAAAUUGUCAAAUUUUAUGCGUUAAACCACUUGCUGUUUCUGCAAGUUCAAGUGCUCAAUUUGUUGUGAAAGGAUUCAAUUUUUUGCUGUCUAACACGAGGUUGCUCUGUGCACUUGAAGGGAAGUAUCUGGUACAAGAUAGUUGUUAUGAUUUGAUUGACAGUGCUGAUGCAGUCAAUGGACAUCAAGAGCUUCAGCAUCUCAGUUUCUCUUGUCAUGUACCGAAUGUGACUGGAAGAGGGUUUAUUGAGGUGGAAGACAAUGGUCUUAGCAGCUGUUCCUUUCCAUUCAUAGUGGCAGAGCAAGAAAUUUGUUUAGAGAUCUGUACGCUAGACAAUGUCAUUGAGGCAGCAGAGAUGGCUGAUGACAACCAGAUAAAAACUAACCUAAUGGAAGAAAAGACUCAAGCAUUGUAUUUCAUACAAGAAAUGGGUUGGCUCCUUCAUAGAAGUCGUGUGAAAGUUAGGCUAGGUCCCAUGGCACCUGUCCAAGAUCGCUUCCAUUUUAAUCGGUUCAUAUGGCUUGUUGGCUUCUCUAUGGACCAUGACUGGUGUGCUGUGAUGAAAAAGCUCUUGAACAUUAUCUUUGAGGGCACUGUUGAUACUGGAGAUCAUGCCUCUGUUGAGUUAGCUUUGUUAGAGAUGGGUCUUCUACACAAAGCUGUAAAAAGAAAUUGUCGGCCUAUGGUGGAAAUACUAUUAAAAUUUGUGCCAGUUAAAGCUUCAGAUGGUGGAGACAGUAAUGAGAAGCAAGUCAACAAGUCCCCUGACAGAUUCAUAUUCAGACCUGAUACUGUUGGGCCUGUUGGGUUGACUCCCCUUCAUGUUGCAGCAAGUAUGCAUGGUUCGGAGAAUGUAUUGGAUGCAUUAACUGAUGAUCCAGGAAUGGUGGGAACUGAGGCAUGGAAAAGUGCUCAGGAUGCUACAGGUUUGACCCCCUAUGACUAUGCAUCCAUGCGGGGCUACUACUCUUACAUUCAACUUGUCCAGAGUAAAACAAGCAACACAUGCAAAAGCCAACACGUGCUUGAUAUCCCAGGCACCCUUGUAGAUAGUAACACAAAGCAGAAGCAAUCAGAUAGGCACAGAUCAUCAAAAGUUUCAAGUUUGCAGACUGAGAAGAUUGAAACAACAGCAAUGCCACGUCGUUGUGGGCUAUGCCAGCAAAAGCUGGCGUACGGUGGCAUGAGAAGGGCACUGGUUUAUAGGCCAGCAAUGCUGUCAAUGGUGGCCAUUGCAGCCGUGUGUGUCUGUGUGGCUUUGCUCUUCAAAAGUUCACCCAAAGUUUACUAUGUAUUCCAGCCAUUCAGCUGGGAAUCAUUGGAGUAUGGGUCAAUCUAAUGUUGUAUAUCAGGUAUUCUUUGCAGUAGGCAUGCACUUUUGUUUUUUGGAGUGUGAAAGUCUUAGUUCUGAGUAUAUACAUCUGUGAUAGUAGCUGUCAUCAAAAUAUGUAGGGAAGGUUUGUUUACCUUCACUUCAGAUGUUCAGCAUAAAAUGCUCACUGUGCUAUCUAUCAAAUAUUAGGUAGAUGGUGCUAUUAGUUCACGUAUAUGCAAAGAUAAUAGGAGCUUGCCGGUAUUUAGAAGGGUACUUUGUAUCAAUCAAUAAUUAUAUAAGAUUUACUACAGGUGAGUAUGCUUUGAUGUUAUCUUAUUUAUUGAUGUUAUUAUGAAAAUUAUAUAAGCAACUAAAUGUAGUUGACUAGUAACAAGAGAAUUAUGUAACUUGCAGGGGACUUCAUAUUGAAUUUGGGUUUCAUUAUGUACACCUGUUGUUUUCAACCAUUGGUUUAUGUAUGAAGCUUUAUGUAAUUUUUUUUCUAUCUUGAAUAUUGUGAAUUGGGAUUCUCAUUACUUA